CAGUGAUGUGGACUGUCCUGUGGGGCUGUGGCCCAGAAUAAAGCCUUCUUCCUUUAACAGACUUCUUGUCAGGCAUCUGGACACAGCUAUGAGUGGCUACUGCACCGUCUGCCCUUGCUCACAGAGAAACUGCCGCCCCUGCGGAUUCGGAAGGAUUGCCGAUGCUGUAGCUGGUUCCCAUGAGCAAAUCCUCCACAGGGGAAAGGUACCCUCGAAGCAAGAUCAUGUUCCUGCAUCUGCCAUCGAUGUCACACAACUGAUCGGGUCUGCUGUCACCAAGAAGCCAUCAGACGCGAGCGAAAGCAAACUAUGGCAUCAGUAUUACACGUGGUUCCAGUUUGAACUCAGCUUGUGGCCGCAGCUGAGGACCAUUCUGCUUGGAGUUGCUAUUCUGAGGGAUGUGGAGGGGGGAAGGUCAUUCCUUACCUGCUCUGUGUUCCCAGUUCCGUGUCUUCCAUCAACACGUGUCUUUUGUGACUCCUUAAUGUGACUUGAGCAUACAGUACACAUACUGGCCCCUUGACUUAGGAAACAGAAUGAAGUUGAAUUGACUCUCUUUCCUUGGCCUGACCUAGAACUUGGCGGGGGUGGGGGGGUCUGUCCCCCUCCCAUCUGGUGAGGGGACUACAAAGGCCUGAAGGCAAGGGAAGGUCUGUGGAUGGCUCCCAGCUUCUGCAUAUCUCAGCAAUCCCAAGCUCUGGCUUGAGACAGUUGGGUUGUAUCAGCCAAGGUCUACUGUGCUGGUAGCUUGCUUGGUACGUAGUGUAGAGACACUAAAAGGUGGAGGGACCUUUAAGGACAGAGCCCAGAAGGAGAUGACUGGACCCCGGGGGCUGCUGUACCAAGAAGGGGCUAAGGCAGGUCUUUAGGACCUGAGUUGGUUCUCACAGAGUAAGAGAUGUUUUGUUAGGACCUCCAUCCCAGCCACGCCUACCACCCAAGCCACGCCCAUCACCCCCAGCCUGCCCACCUCUCCAGUCACGCCUACAGCUCCAGCCACGCCCACACCCCAUCCUGCUCACCACCCCACCCAGCUCAACUUCCUGUCUCACCAUGUGAUUCCCUAACUUCUGGUGCCUCCACUGUAACAUCAUCCACAGUAGGUCCUUACAGAAGUCCUUCGGUGGGACGUCCAUUUACUCUGUCAGCUUCCAAACCAAUGAGUUAAAUCUCUUGGU